GUCAGUCAUACCCAAUUUAGAAACCUUGAUACAUAUGUAAAGACAGGGAGGGUAGACGACCGAAACGGAGUACAUUUUAUAUCCCAUUCAUUCUUUUCAAUCUUCAAAUACCUGAGUUAGUAUUGCUUACACACCUUGGUUGGUCAAAUAUGAGUCGUUUAAGCUAAGUCUGUAUGUCACUCAUUUGGCCAUACGGAGGGGUGGAAUUUAUAUAGGAAGAUAUGUUAUUGCCAGUUUCUCCCAACAUUUAUUGAUGGCUCAACAUAUUUUGAUAUUUGAAUACUGUAAUGGAAAAGAAAUGUAACAUUUUGAAUAAUAAACACUUAGCUCUUCAAUGCUGAAGGAGCGUUAACGACCGUGGGUCUGCUGUUCUCUGUAUUUAAGCUGAACAUCUCGUGUAUUAAUAUAUCAAAACUGUGCCACUGGGGAUACAUCCAAUUUACAAAAACACUUAAAGAAUUCACGUAUUGAAUUAUGUUUUGUUCACGGUUGAACACCCUUCUUUUUCACGAUUCACCUGCUAGGUUCACGACAGUCAUUAUUUUCCUAUAAUAACAAAAAUACCUCAGGUUGAAAACACCUUGUCGGUGGGACGAAAUCUAUUUUUAGUCGGUGUGAUCAGCUGACUGUAUGUGUCGGUGACGAUUCCCUUACCUUAACUGACGCGAUAUAUGGUAGACGUCACGUUAAGCACAUGGUUAAAUUUCUGGAGCAUUCUAUGUUGAGGAUAACAAGUGAUCUUAUAUAGAAUAACUAGGAUAUAUUGGAGAUGGUGUGGUACUGCAUGUGUGCAAAUUACCAGUGAUUUGUAUUGUCAACGUGAUUCGCCUAAAUCAAUAGACUAUUUUUUUCUGUUUCAGCACGCUGUGCGCUAUAUGCAUGGAUGUUGGCGGUUAAUGGACAAAGACAGCUUGUAACGUGACACUCAGAAUAAUCGAGGAAAAAUAAGACAUGACCUUACAUAAUUGGACAAACAAACAAGUGUGGUACUUGUUAUUAUGUCCUGUGCUUCUUGGUGACAACACUGCACGUGCUAUCUGAAGGAAUGACAGUUGACAGCGUGUGAAAGCUUAAUUAUACGAUAACGUCCAUGCGAUUGAUGAAGCAACGUAUUUAAUCAAUAAUACAGAGAAAAUUAGGCUGAUGCGUCUUUAUGCCUUCCAUAAUCCGAUACCUCUGAUGGUAUAUUUAACCGGUGUGGUAUGUCUAGACGUCGCGCGAGCGGAUACAGUUACCGAUGGAAGGCACACACCUGAUUUGGCAAAUUUCUCAACAAUUCAAAAUCGUUCGGACUUUGUCAUUUCGAAGGAGAGUGCCAGUUCUACUACUUUUCACGAUACGGACCUACCUGAAUGGUUAGACGGAUAUCAAACGGAGCCCAAGAAAAAGUCCAACCUUAACCUGGCGUUCUUACCAGGACUGGCAGUUCUCUUCCUGUUCAUAUUCGUAUUUUUCCGGGCGUGUAAAUGGUACAGAGAAAGUUCAAAGAUCAAAGAAAGGGGCUGCAGCUAUGACGUUGCUAGCUAUGUAAUUCUAGUCCAAGGAGAUAAGAAUUUCCACGAUGUAGAUAUUGGUGAUAAUUACGAUACAGUGAACUCAUUUAAUUCCUACCUAAGAUCAGGCGCUUAUGAAACGAUCACGUCAUCAAAAUCUCUUCAAUAUCGCAUGGAUUCUCAAAUGUACGACACUGUCACGUCAUAUUCGAACUAUCUGCAGAAAAUAGAAAAGGAGAGUAACCUUGAAAUAGAAUUGAAGGAGAUUUCAUCAGAUGGCAGUCCAUCGCCGAAACGGACAUAUUUCACGAAAAAAUCUGCGAAAUGUCGAGUAAAACUACCACAGGAAAGCAGAUUUUCUAUCAAACCAGCUCUUGACAACUACAUGAGAUUAAAAGGUGCUAAUCAAAAAUCUCCGAUGUCGCCAAAAAGUGUGCGAUAUGAUAGUGUGGACCGCAUAGACGGGACUCCACGGAAGAUGGUAUCGAAGACGAACGUAACGGUUAAUGCAGCCUCCUCGGAGUCCCUGUUACAAUCUAACAGGACAUACGGACGACAGAUGAGCACGGACAGCCAAAGGUCUAGCCCUGCGCGAAGUGUAGUUAAUAUAAUAAGGUUAGAAAACCUGCGGAGAAGCGUCUCUGAAGAUACGUCUAAGUCGAUACAACCGCGAGAUGAAAUUAUAAAGAAAACAUGUAGCAAAAUCAAAAACAGUUGCUCAACUAGUACAGACGAAAACCGAGAGUUUAUACAAAACAACUUGUGUAAUAAACCAGUACGCAUGGUGGAUGCAGAAACCCAGUGUCAAAUUACGUCACCAUCAUUGUCCUCGAAACGUAGAGGGCGCGUGGUGUCCCUUCGUUCUGAUACCGAACACGAUUCUGAUGCAAAUGACACGGUCAAAAUUACCUCGCAUGUAAAUACUGCUGCUAUUACUAGUGUUACCGCGAUGGAUCAAAUCGCUGCCGAAAAACACACAGAGAACAGUGAUAAUUUACCUGAUCCUGUAGUUCUGGACGAUUUACAAGACAACCUGUCACCUCCCUUGGUGAAGCCGACAGUCUUUUCAGUGUGUGCAGUAGUGCAUAAUGUUGACACUGUGGCGAUCCCUUCAGAAUACGCCUGUGAAACUCAGUCACCUGACAACAAUCCGUAUACAAAUAGAGACUCAGAAAUGGAGGGUGAAAUGAAAAACCAGGAUAUGGAUACUUACGGUGAUAAAAACUGUCAGUCAAAUGGAUUAAUGUUUAAUGCUAAUGGGACUGAUAAUACUUUGAUCGAAAAUGAAAAACUUCAUCCAUCCAUGUCAAAUGGUUUGGAAAGUCGGGAUUAUAAGAAAAGUGAAAAUGGAUGUUGCCAGGUUAAUGGGACGUGUUUGCCAUCUGUGGCAACGUUAUCAUCGGAGGGUUCAAUAUUUGAGAAAAGUUGUCUGCUCAGUAACGGGAAAGGAAACACGUCUCAUUGCAUUGCCAGGAGAAGUUCCUUUCAAAACAUGUCAAAAUCAAAACACGACAGUGCUAUUGAAAUUCAAAAUGAGCUCAGUCAAGGUGCAUAUAUCGAAAUGGUUCAUUAGAUGUCAUUUGAAAUGUAAUAUUGUAACACAUAAUGUUAAAAUUUCCAUAAGUUAAAAGUCUAAAUUUAUUCUAAAGAAUUUUUCACGGAUUUAUUUGAAGGAAGCUUAAAUACUUGCUAGUAUAUUGCGAAUGUGUUAUUUUAAAGGCAUUUGAAAUGCACGUUGUUUUUGCAAUGGGGGUUAAGUUAAAACGUUUAAUUAUCAAAUGCAAAUGUUCAAGUUUAGAAAGAGAAGUACAUGUAUAGCUAUAUGUGUCCGUGUAGAGCUAUGUAGGAAUGUGGUGUCGUUAAUUUACAAGAUAGAUUCUAUCAUAUAAAAGGUAACCUCGUUUUUCUACUGAUAUUUCAUAUGAGCUAAUUGUUUCCCCUGUUUGUAUAACUGAAUCUGUUUGUGUUCUAUAAUGUACCUAUUCCAAGACAUUGUUGUACAUUAAGAUUUAUAUCAGACUAGACUUAAACAGGUUCCACUGUAUAAUAGAAUAAUUCCAUUACUAGUAUGAUAUCCGAAUCCAACCACUGUAUAAUAGAAUAAUUCCAUUACUAGUAUGAUAUCCGAAUCCAAUCUAAUCCUAACUUUGCCUUUAUGUCUCUACUUUCUCUACCUUUGCCCAUUUCCAACUCGUUUUUCUUAACAUCCUGCAUCCCCACCUACAGUGUCUCCACCCCAACACUCCCUUAAUAUCACUUGUUUGUCGUUCCCUAUUCUCUAUUUACAGCCUGCUUCGUUAACUGGGGAUAUUUUCAUUAUUUGUUUUAUCUUAUAAGACAGAAACGUGAGACGAGGGUCCAUUGUAUUUUUCAUUCUGAUUUACUUCUGAAGAGACGUGUCCAGCACAUUGUGUUUUUCAUUCUAACUUACUCCUGAAGACACGUGUCCAGCACAUUGUAUUUUUCAUUCUAACUUACUCCUGAAUAGACGUGUCCAGCACAUUGUGUUUUUCAUUCUAACUUACUCCUGAAGACACGUGUCCAGCACAUUGUAUUUUUCAUUCUAACUUACUCCUGAAGACACCUGUCCAGCACAUUGUGUUUUUCAUUCUGACUUACUUCUGAAGAGACGUGUCCAGCACAUUGUGUUCACCUCUUAUUUUUGUUUGCAUCAACCUGCCUUAUUUGAAAAACUGCCAAGUAUUUGUUUUAUUGUUUGCUUUAUUGUUUACAGGUUAUUGUGUAAAGGAAGCUGAUAGCCUCGCCGAGUGUAGGCUUUAAGGUUCUAAACAGAUUCGUAUUGCUAUCAUGAUUUUAUUUAUACUAUGUAUAAGUUUUGUAUACCAGAUCCUGAUUAACAGGCUAAAAACAUUAAAACAUAUUAAUAUACAAUUCAUAAUUGGAAGCAUGUACUUUGUAGUUUUUAUUACGUUCGAUAUGUCUAUCAUAGCAUUACUGUUAAUGCGUUACUGUUGUUUGAUGUGUUUGCCCUUCCAUCAUUGUCACAAGGAAUACCAGAUCAUUAGAAUACACUGUAUACCGCAUUCAGUUCAAAGUUAGUAUUGAAUUUCUUCCAUGACGAAAUAGUGAAAUUUGCGUUGAAGAAUUCAUACAAUUCUAAGGUCGGGUCAAUUCGAUCUAAAUAUUAACCACCGCAUUUUGUUUCCUAACGGUAUGUGAAUUAAACUUAUAUUUCGAAAA